CUGCAAAAAUCAGUCUUGUAAGAUGGCGACAGGAGUGAAGAGCUAAGUGUGCGAUGGCUCGUGUUCCUGGUGGCUUAAAUUCUUUUCGAGUGUUAUUAGCGUUUCAGUGAGAGAUUUUGGUCAGUAGUGUGCAGUUUUCAAUUUGUGUGAGGAAUCUCUGACCGUGAAAGAACCGAAAUGCGCGAGUUCAAAGUUGUCGUCCUCGGUUCGGGCGGGGUUGGCAAAAGUGCUCUCACCGUCCAGUUCGUGUCUGGUUGUUUCAUGGAAAAAUAUGAUCCUACGAUUGAAGAUUUCUACAGGAAGGAAAUAGAAGUCGACAAUUCGCCGUGUGUGCUGGAAAUUCUGGAUACAGCCGGUACAGAACAGUUCGCGAGUAUGCGCGACCUGUACAUCAAGAAUGGACAAGGGUUUGUUGUGGUGUAUAGCCUGACAAACCAUCAAACGUUCCAAGACAUCAAAACAAUGAAGGACUUGAUCACUCGCGUUAAAGGGACAGAAAAAGUACCUAUAUUACUGGUAGGAAAUAAGGUAGACCUCGAGCACCAGAGGGAGGUAGCGACGAGUGAAGGUAGUGGUUUAGCGCAGAUGUGGGGAUGCCCAUUUGUGGAAGCAAGUGCCAAAAACAGGACAAAUGUCAAUGAAAUGUUUGCCGAAAUAGUCAGGCAAAUGAAUUUCAGCCCCGAAAAAGAAAAGAAGAGCUACUGCUGCUGCACUGUUCUGUAAGGAACGUCAUAUCGACUGACGAUAUAUGGUGUGUACAGAAUUGUAAAGUGAUGCAGAAUUACAAUUAGGGCCUACAUCGCAUUUGAAACUGGUAUUGUUCCACUUGACUGGCCAACUUUUUAGAUCGUUGUCGUUGUUUUUGGUGUGUAUUACAUACGUGUAUUUCCUUAGAAAUUAAAUCAGUGUUUCCCAUGUUUUCCUUUGAUUUGUAAAUUUAUGCCUUUUAGACAUUGUACAGAAGCCCUAUGUUUGCUCUCUGCGGGGCUGUAGUAAGGGUUAUGCAGAUAUUACAAAAAGAUUAUCGCUUAUUUUGAAAAUACCCGCAGUGUAUUAAGGUAGAAACUACAUUUCUUUAGCAGCCUAAAUGUGUGUAAGCAGUCUACUGUUAAUCUGCUGUAAAUUAUGCAACUUGAUUCCAAUGCAAAACGUUGGUUUUUGAUACAAAGAUGACGCUCUGUGUUUCAUCCUGCACUUCCUAUGUGUCUGGUGGUAUCCAUUCUUGCGAAUGUAGCAGGUUCCACAAGUGCUGCUUCAAAACCCAGUUGGCCACAAUUUUUAGGUGUGCAGUAUUUUACUCCAUUGUACUCUACACUGUGGAAGUUUCAGUAAGUGUGCACACAUCCGCUGCACGAGCAGUCACAUUGAAAUAUUUUCUAUUUAAUUUUUAUAUAGUCAUAUUUCAUUCACUGAAUUUUAUUGAGGUGAUUCACUACAUCGAUUCAGCCUGGCCUAAUCAGUGUCAGUCACUGUGCCACAUUUGAUGGUGCUGCACUAUUACCAGUGCACAUCAAUCUAACGUCCUACAUUUUUAUAGUUGGUGCUGAAUUUUACAUAUAAUUUGAUACUUUAAGCACGUACCCGUUGUGUACAGACAGCAUAUUUAGUGAGAGCAGAGUUGUUUGUAUAACUAUGGUGCCGAGUCUUAGCUUUUAGACUGUUAUCCUUUGAUGUGAAUAAUCAUUUGGAAUUCCUUGUUCAUAAAACCGGUUGUAUAUGCAAUUUUUGCAUUUAUCUUGAAUCGUUCUUUUCUACAGUAGGCUGUUAGUUUCUGCGAGGAUGUCAUCUCUGUUUUGUGACAGAACCAUGAAGUAUGGUACUUGUUCAUGGAUAUAUCAAAAAUGAUUCAGUAUGUACCUACAUUCGGAUUUAAAUUAAAUUUUGAGCCAUCAUAUGUACUUAGUGGUUAAAAGCGAAACUUCUUUUUUUCUAUGUGUGGGAGUGCACUGAAAUCAUGUUUAAUUUGUGAUAUUUACCGUGAAUGUAAAUACAAGAGUGAAGUGAGGACAUAAUUAAUGGCUGGUAUUGUAAAACAUAUAUCUAUCUAUUCACAGUUACUAUAGCAAACAAAAGUCCUACUUGUGCGAACAGAAUGGUAGGAGGUUAUAAUGUGUAAAAAAGGAAAAAAUCAGGUUGGGUCCACUUUCGAAAGUGCUUUGUUAUUUUUGUCUGCGUAUAUAUUCCUAAAGUGUUGCACGUUUUGUAUAUAAUAUGAAAGUAGACAGCAGAACAAUUUGUUGAAAAUGCCCUGACUUUUUUAUGCGUGAUUAUUUAUUAAUUUGUAACCUCCUUUGCACUGCAGCCACAUACAGUGAAUCCGUCUGAUUUUGUAGGUAUACAAGGAAAGGGUUGUACCAUAUCAGAUUUUGAAUAUGAAAUGAUUUUUAAAAUUUAGAACUAAAUAAAUCAUUUUUACGUUCUUGUGGGAGGUGCAAUUUGUAAUGGGCUUUAUGUGAGCCAGUUAACGCAGUUGAGGCUGGGAAAGACUGGUCUGAUACUGAAAACACAGCAGUGAUGUAACUUGAAUUGUUGUAGCUCUUUACUGCUGUAGUCCAGCACUAGAAGUGUUGUUUGUAUGUACAUAUUGAUUGAGCUAGUCAGAUUUUUAGGUUUUGCAUUGAAUUGUGAUAUUGGGUUAAUUUAUAAAUAAGUCUUGAUGAAGGAAAAUGAUUGAAAUAUUUUCCUACUUGCUACCAAAGAGAACUGAACUAAUAUUAGUAUAAUGUUGCAUUACAUACUUUAAAAGGUUUCUACAAUAUUAUGUUGCUGAGUUAUAAUAAUUUAUUUGUUAAUGUUAGGAUUUCAUUGUAUAUAUAUUUUUUAUUGCCAGAUCUUUAUGUAAUGCAUUGUCAGUUGAAUAAUUGAGUGUAGUUAGCUUCUUCCCUUUGCUGCUGUUUCACAUGUUAAGAGCUGUUCAUGAGAAAAUACUACAAACAGGAUGAUGCCACUAAUUAACUAGUUGUUUUUUUUCUGAUCUUCUAGAUCAAAAACUUUUACCACAGUGUUGAGUUCUUGUAACUAAACCUUUUCCAAGCUGUCUACUCCUGGUGGCCAAACAUGGGGACAUGUGGAUUUAUAUAGCUUAUUAAUGAAUCUCUAAUUUGUUUUGUGUUGGUAGAGUUUUAUCUGCAAAAGAGUGAAGGAAUGGUCUGUAUACUCUAUAGUUGGUACAGAGUUUUAUAUCAAAACUUUCUUCUGACUAGCUCAGGACUGUCAUUAACAAUUAACGUUUUGUAAAGUUAUUUCCAUAUCAUCUUUGCAGGUUAAUAGCCUUGUUAGCUCAACUGCUGUGUUGUCAGUAUUCUUUUUUCCAACCAAAAUAAGAACAUUGUAUGUAAAUAGUAGUGAAAUGUGUUGGAUAUUACUGUAAUAUUAGCCAGCAUAAAUUAAUGUGGACUCAAAAUCUACAUGUUACUUUGAUGAUGGCAGAAUGCAUAGAUUUUUAAUUGUGUAACAAAGAACAAAGUAUGUUUUAAUACAUGGUUUUUAUAAAGUU